CAAAUCUACACAAACACUGACAUGCUGGAUCCACUCGACGGAACCCAGGGCCAAAAAACGGCGGCGAGCAGCUCCUCGGGCCCGCGGUUACCGGUUUUCUGAGCACCGGACAGCGUGAGUCCUGCCAGCCCUGUCUCGCCAUCCCAGCCGAGGAGGGCAGCGCGAUGGCUCUUCCCUGCCUUGAAACCAACCCCAUUGCCAGCUGCUUUCGCCGGCAGAGCAUUUUCCGUGGGGUCCAUCCGGCUCCACGGCGGCCUCCGCGGGCCACGUGGAAAGAAACACGCCCACUGCCCGCAGGGCACGCCCUUCCUCACUUCGCGCAUGCACCCCAACCGUCCCUGAGGACCUCCGAACCUGCAGGGGGCGAUGAAAGGCCGCUUGCGCUUCAUUUGUAGCUGCUUCCGGGUCAGAGGUCAGACGGUCUAGCGCUGCGUGGGCCAUGGUGCAGCUCCGACCGCGCGCGUCUCGCACCCCGGCGUCGGCGGAGGCGAUGGUGGACGAGGGCCAGCCGGCCUCGGAGGAGGAGGAGGCGGAGCACCGGCUGUUGCUCGGGCAGCCCAGCAGCGGCGCGGCCGCCGAGCCGCUGGAGGAAGACGAGGAAGGGGACGAUGAGUUUGACGAUGAGGCCCCGGAGGAGCUGACUUUCGCCAGCGCCCAGGCGGAAGCGAGAGAAGAGGAGCGGCGAGUGCGGGAGACCGUGCGCAGGGAUAAAACGCUCCUGAAGGAGAAGAGGAAGCGACGCGAGGAGCUGUUCAUCGAACAGAAGAAAAGAAAACUCCUUCCAGACACUAUUAUAGAGAAGUUAACCACAGCUUCACAGACUAGCAUCAAGAAAUCGCCAGGAAAGUUGAAAGAAGUUAAUUUGCAAAAGAAAAAUGAAGACUGUGAAAAAGGAAAUGACUCCAGGAAAGUUAAAGUACAAAAAGUACAGUCUGUCAGCCAGAAUAAAAGCUACGUGGCCGUAAGGCUAAAAGACCAAGAUCUGAGAGAUUCAAGGCAACAAGCAGCACAAGCCUUCAUACAUAAUUCAUUAUAUGGGCCAGGAACCAACAGGACUACUGUAAAUAAGUUCCUGUCUCUUGCCAACAAGAGGUUACCAGUGAAAAGAGCUGCUGUCCAGUUUUUGAAUAAUGCUUGGGGAAUCCAGAAAAAACAAAAUGCCAAGAGAUUUAAAAGACGGUGGAUGGUCAGAAAGAUGACAACUAAGAAGUAAAUCAAUGCUAAAUGAAGAAUCUGUACUUUGUAUGUAUAGAAUUUAUCUAAUAAAUCAUAGAUCAUUUUAAAGGGUCAUUAUAAAAACCAUAAACCUAUUUGAGGAAGUACUCAACCACUUUUCAUUCUUCUGGAGUAGAAUUGUGCCUUGCAAUCCUAGAGGAAAAAGUGGUUUAAGAAGGAAUUGUUUUCUUUUUUUCAUAUAUUUAACUGAAUUCAAGCCAUACCCACACCAGCACCUCUUCUACUCUCCCCGGGUUGGAGGGGUGGCAAAAAUGGCACGGACAAAAAGGAGAAAUGGACAUUCCAGGAAAGUCUCUAACUGCAGCCCGUAGACAAUUUGCUAUUAAAGAUUCAGUGCACAAAAUAUAGCUGACAGCUUUUAAAUUUUUACUUUUAACCAGUCGGGAUUUGCUUGCCUGGUGAGUCUCAUAUGCCAUAUUAUGAAUAUGAAAAUAAUGAAGUUAAUUUCCUGUUGCCUUUCUGUGUCACCUACAAUAUCAGGUCUAACCCUAAUCCAGGGAUGCCAGUAAACUGAAGGCAGUAAUUUUAGGUUGUAGAACUCAGAUUAAUUGUAGAAACCAUUAAUUUUAAUUGCUCUAAUUUUCAUAUUAAUCAUAAAAAGUAUGCAAGUACCUAAUAUAUAAACUCAAUUGACACUGUAUCUGUAGAAGUAAAUUUUUAAUGGCUGGUUAAUUAUAUCACUACAUUUUAUUGCAAUAUAGUACUCAUUUAAGCACUUAAAAAUGGAAGGUGUACAAAGAUUAAAUUAAGACACGGUAAAUUGACUAAAUAUUUGGUUUUUAUAUAAAUAAAGGUCAUAACCACACCGUUGACAUGUAAUACUGUUAUAAUACAACAGUUAAACUUGUGAGUCUACAACAGAAGUCAUCUGUAGUUAAACAGGAAACAAAGUUGAAAAAGACCAUGUUAAAACAAAACUACUGGGACUAACAGGUCGGGAUUGUAAGUAGCAACAACAUAUUCACUCAGCUCCUGAGUAUUUCAAGUUUUACAGUACACAUUAAAAAUGAUUUCUUCCAUCAACACUAUAAA